CGUAUCCACGCCAAAACAACACAACGUGUGUACACUGAGUUCGGCUAGACCUAGAACUGGGCUCAAGACGUUCUUGUUAUAAAAGCGAACAUAAUGACGUAGGAUCAGGUCCUUUCAUUAUGGUUAGAACCGGUUUCUUCUUUUACCUGGCUGCCUCUUCAAAAGAAAGUUUUAAAAAGAGUGUAAGGCGUAGAAUCAAUUUUACUGACUCUCUUAGAAUAUUUGUGAGUGGAGGAUCAGGUGGACAAGGUUAUCCAUCCUAUGGUGGCAUUGGGGGAGAUGGUGGAAACGUGUACCUACAGCCAACGGAAACACAAACGCUACGAGGAUUAAAACUACAAUAUCCAACUAAAAGAUUCAAAGCAGAGGGAGGGAGAAAUAGCAGGCGGCAUAUAUUACAUGGUUCAAAAGGAAAUAACUUGAUGAUUCCAAUACCCAAUGGUGUAAGUGUUUACUCAGAAGAAAACCAAUUACUAGGGGACCUUGUAAACCUAGAUGAUAGGUUACUAGUAGCUACAGGAGGAAAAGGGGGCUGCAGUAGCAAUGACUGGAAUGGCCAGAAAGGCGAGAAGCAUGUUUUAUCACUGGAACUAAAGAUUUUGGCUGACAUUGGCUUAGUAGGCUUUCCAAAUGCAGGCAAGUCAACAUUGCUAAGCACAAUUUCACGAUUAGCACCAAAAAUUGCAGAAUACCCCUUUACCACCAUUAAACCUCAAAUUGGGACAAUACAUUAUCCAGACUUAAGGCAGAUAACAGUGGCUGAUCUUCCAGGACUGAUAGAGGGCGCUCAUUUCAACCUUGGCAUGGGCCAUAAGUUCCUACGUCAUGUUGAACGCACACAUUUAUUGCUGUUUGUUGUUGAUGUAAAUGGUUUUAAGCUUUCAUCAAGGAGCUUUUUCCGAAAUGCGUAUGAAACAGUUCUUCUUUUAAACAAGGAGCUUGAAUUGUACAAGCAACACUUGUUGGAUAAGCCAGCGGUACUUGCUAUUAACAAGCUUGAUUUACCAGACACUGAAAAUAUAUUUGAAGAAGUUAAAAACAGGUUAAAAGAAGGUGAUCUUACAGGUAUCCCAGCAGAGAUGCAACCCAAAACUCUAAUCAAGUUUUCCGAUGUUAUUGGUAUAUCCGCAAAAGAAGGGCACUGUAUCCCUCAGCUUGUUCAGUGUGUGCGACAGGUCAUUGAUCAAGAUCCUUUAGAAAGUGACAAUCAAAAUUUGGCAGGGACAGCUCCCAGCUGACUUCUUAUGAACGAUAGGUCACAUUUAAACCCUUCUCAACAACUGCUUCCAGGUGAACCCUAAUGAACAACAGGUCACAGUUGAAACAUGUACAGCAGACCCUCCCAGAUUAGUUAGCACUCCUACAGACUGGACUAUCAUCCACAUUCUGUAAUAGGAAUGCCCCUCCAAUCAUUGAAUUAACGUUGAAUUUCUCAUAGCAUCAACCACGUACUCUCAAUUCAAUACAUCAUUUUGUCUUGUGACUGGCUGCCAUGCACACUAUCUGCAUGUAUUACUUACAUUGCUUUUCAUUCACCUAAUUUUCAUGUUGUAUACGUAAAACAUUAUUUUGCUUUGCAUAUCAUUUAACAACCAAAUUCAUAAUAAUUCAUUUCUGAUAUAUGUGAAAUUGUGGAUUAAUUUUGUUGAUAUAAAUUAUCUAAUAGUUUCUGACAUUGUCAUUAUCACAACCAAUUUAAAAACAGUUACACUGAGUAAUAUGAUAAAGUUGUUUUGUACUGCGAAGGCUAGGAAUUUCCGCUGUUAAAAUAUACAGUACUGUUAUUUUACAGCUGUUGAAAGAAUAAUGAAUGAGAUUUUUAUGUAACAUAAUAAAAAGCAAAUAAGUGCAUCAAAUUUGAAUU